CACCCUAGAGUUCCAGCGGAGGUUACCAUAGCUACGAUGAACGCCGCAGCUAGGCCUACCUAGUUGUUACCCCGCUGGCCGGAGGGACUAGGAGGCACCAUGAGCCACGUAGUGACCAUCGAGGAGCCCCAGGCCAAGCCGCAGGUGUCUCAAACCCGGUGCGGGGAGAGAUCGGGGGACUGGGGCAAAGUCUCCUCCAGUCGAACAUAUGAUUUCCUGUACGAUCCAUUAUUUAUUGUGUCAAGUGAGAAAGACCAGGCACAGGCAAAUAUGCAAGCCAUCUUGAGUCGCAGCAGACUGAGAAAAGUUCCCAGAUUUAGAACCAUGUUCAGUAAUCUGAUCCAUUAUCCACGAUAUUCUGUAUAUUGGAGCAAGGCAGAUCCCGUGCCACCAUUCAUCAGUCGGGAAUGGAAGGGACAUGAGGAGAAACACAGAGAAGUCCUCCGGCAACUUGUGUAAGUAACUGACACUUCUUUUAAGAUUACUAAAGAAGUUUAUGAAGAUCCUGAUGUUACUGGAAAGAAUCGCUAUAAGUAUUUUGAAAGGCCUUUCCUUCCAUUCUACCAACAGAUGCCACUCAAUGUUGUUUUUGGAGCAACCAAGAUGGAGCCAUAUAUAUUUCCUCCUGCUUCUACUAAGUACUCACCCACCUUUUCAAAGUACACCGUGGGCACUCAGACUGAUUAUCGUGAUGCCGAAGUUCAAACAGAUCCGUAUUCUCCAGAAUAUGUAGUGUGUCAGGAUUCAAUCCCUGAGCUCUUGACCCUGGCUACUCUGACUUGGGGUCGAGGUCUCCCAGCAGGACAAGCUGAGGUAGAGAUGAUAGAACGUGCCCGGGAGAAGAGAGCUUGGGAAGCCACUCUUCCCUUUCUGAGUGACGCCUCUCAGGCUGAGAAGAGGAGGAGGAUGAUAAAUGCAAUGGAGAGGAAGGAGUGGGCCUUCAGAGAGCAGGAGAUUGAAAAACUGCAGGAAAUUCGCCUGGAAGUUCUAAAAGAGCUGCUGAAGAAACGUAACGAGAAUCAAAAUGAAGUGAACAUGAAGCACUUGAAUGCCCAAUGGUCUAAAUUGCAGGAAGCAAAGGAGGCAAAAUUGGCACAAAUUCGACGUGCACAUGUAUCAGCAAUCAGAAAACUUGUGGAAAAGAGAAAGAAUGUAGAAGGGAAGUUGGAGAGAAGAAAUAUCAUCAAGGAUUAUUCUGAUUAUGCAUCACAGGUCUAUGGACCUCUAUCUCGCCUUGGUCGUUUCCCAGACAACAACUCAGAGGACUUUGUAGUAAAAAACCACUAUCUCAACACCUAUGAAGGUUUAGUCGAACUUGAGUCAUGUCUCCCAGAUUUUGUGACACAGCCCCGAAUACGACCUCCAAAACCUAAAGUCAUUACCACCAAAGCUGGUUUUCUAAAGAAGGCAGCAAGGAUGGACAAUGAGUUGGAGGAGAUUCAUAAGGCACUACUAGAUAAGAAGAAUAAAGUUCUUGAACCAAAGAAACCUCUGCUUUUUCUCCAAAGAAAGCCAGUACCUCAACCUCGGCUUCCAACUCCAACCUUGGAAAUGACUUCCACUGAAGAAGAAGAUAAAGAAAUGGCUGUUAUCUACCUUCAAAGGUUACUCCGGGGCAGAGUCGUUCAGAACAUGAUGUUCGAAGGGAAAGAAAAGCGACUGGAGUUGAUCCAAGAGCUGCGCACCACCCAUGCACUGCAAGAAGAUGACAGGCUGGUGAAGAAAGCCGAGAAGCAAGUCACCUUGGCCUUACAGCGGCAGAGGCACUUGUACCAACACAAGGUGUCAGUAGUUGAAAACCAUUUGGCUGGACUGGAAGGAAGGGCGCUGGCAGACAUGUUUGACUUCCUCUCCAAAGAGCUGGUGAGAUUACAGGAAGAGAGGAGAAUCCAUGCCUUUGCCAUGUUGGCUGAACGACAGCGGAGGAUGCGGGAAGCCGAAGAGAGUGGUCGGCGCCAGGUGGAGCAAAGGCGUCUGCGGGAAGAGGACCAGAUAUUUAAGGAGGUGGUUAAAGUUCACCAAAGUACUAUAACUUCCUAUCUGGAAGACAUAAUACUGAACACUGAAGAGAAUACUGCAGAAGAACAAGCCAGGGCCGAAAUUGAGAAGAUGGCUAAGAAAAUCAAUGACAUUGCUUACGAAAUGGAGAGCCGUCGAACUCAGCUUCAGUCAGAGGAAAUUGUUGCUGAGUUGGUUUAUAGUUUCCUGAUCCCAGAGGUGCAAAGGGACUUUGUCAAAGAAAAAGUGAGGAACGCACAGAGGAAGCAUAUUCUAGCAGCCCAUCAGCUCGUCCACAGGCACACGGAAUCCAUGCUCCUAAGGAAUUUUGCUCAGCAACAGCAAGAUGAGGUCUCAAACACUGACAAGUUACUUAAGAAAGAAACUCAAAAGGAGAAAGACAGCUAAGCCGUCCCAUGGUAGAGGAACAUCAUGCGCUGUUUUGGCCUGAGGGUGUGCUACCAGAUUAUGAUCUUUUUUUUUUAAGAAGCUGUACAAAUCAUCAUAAAGAAUUCCAGUAGUCUCUGCUUCUCCCACAAUGUGUACCUCUUAUGGGCUUGUCAAUGUGUGAUUCAUGAGGAAAGAGAUUUCUGUUUCUUAAACUCCCAAUACUUUAAAAUGAUUUUCAGUAAUAAUAAUAAUCAAAUGAAGGAGCUUUAUUCUCUUUGGUGUUUCCUAAGUGCUCUACUUCAAGAGAAAGUUUUGUCAUGUCCCAUUUCCACAUUUACUGACUACGAGGCUAUGCUAGCUGUGGAAUCAAAUAAAAAGCAAUGUUACUGGAUAUUUCUUGAGUAGUUUUGGUUUGCUAUUCAUAGCACAUUGACAUUAUCUAUCUACUAAGGUUGAAAAUAUGCAUAUCCAUGACCCAGCAUUUC